GGUGAGGAUUGGGAGUGGGGAGGUUGUGGAGGUUCUUGGGUCGUGAUGGUAGGGGAAGGUGAGUAUGGUCAUGAGGGUGAAGAGCAAGAUGAGAUCUAGAUCUAUCAUUCUUCACGAUAUAUCAACAUGAAUGAGAAUAUCGCCAUAAACCACACAACCCGCUCGAGUCACCCCACGGCACGCACCACCUCCCAUCUCCCCAUUUACACUUACACACUCACACACAUACAUCCAUCCACCCACACACAGUACACCGACCCAGACCUCCGGAAACCUCCAUCCCAGAAAUCCAAACCUUUCUUUCUCUCAACUCUAACCCCCCCCUUCCUACAUAUUCAUACUUACACACCCUCACUCGAAAAGCAGGCCCAAUCCUAGAUUACCCUCACGAUCCACCCCAGCACAGCCCUGCACCGUUCAAACCUCCCACGCCAAGCCCAGAUCUCGGAAACUCUAUUA